UGUGCUGACUGAGGAGUACACUUGUUGUCCCCAACCUGGCAGGAGACCACACCAUCAGCACACUGCCACUACCACCACCACCGGCAGACCACCUCCAGGACCAUCCAGCUGGACUUUCCUCGUCUCCAGCUCCAAACGGAACAAGAUAUCUCCCUUCCUCCUCUCCAGCUCCAGCCAUGCAGGGAAACUCUCCACACUCCAAGACUAACUGAGGAACCUAUUUGAUCAGUUAGAAAUAAGCCAAACUCAUCUGGAUCCUUUCUGAUUCAUUGUUGAUUUUGUUUUUAACAAUUACCACUGAAGGCGACAUCAACAUAAUCACCGUCAUCAUCAUCGUUAUUGUCUUCAUCGCCAUUUACGUCAUCAUCAUAAUCGGCAUCAGUCCAAAUAGGAACCAUCAUUUGCUCCAGCAACUUCAUCUUCAUUAGGCCUUAGUUUCUUCUUGGGACGUACCAACUCCCACCCAGAGAGAUGUAUCUGGAGAACAAGAGCAACCUGGAGAUCGAGAUGUCCCAGACGGCGGGCGCGCAGGGCCAGCAGAGCCGCGCGGGGGGACACAGGAAGUCGGAGGUGCUGGCGGGGAACUUUGACGAGCUGCGGCUGCUGGAGGGCUUCUCAGACCGCCGGGAGAGGCAGAAGAUGCUGCACGCCACCACCAUGCCACCCGGGCACUGUGCCACCUACGCCAACACCCACAACGAUGAGAGUCACAACUUCAACAUGGUGGGCUUCCUCCGAGGCCAGACUUCCCAGCCGGGCUACAACGAGAGAUCGCCACUGCUGAAGUUCUCGGAUGACACCAUCACCUAUAUGACCCUCCAUGACCCCAACUUCCCCGGCGACGGGGGCGAGGACUCGCCGCUGGACGGCAGCUGCUCAGAGUCGGACAGGAAGUGCCUGUACUCGCGCGCCUCCGACAAGGAUGACCCGCUGGACACCCUGCACCACCACCACCGCAGCUUCAAGUUCAAUAUCCGCGACGGCCUAAGGGUUGCUAAAGUGCUCACCAUGUUCAUCCUUGUGGUCCUGAGCUCUUUCUACUUCAGCAUGUAUCCGGACCAUGACAAUCCCUGGAGAAUGCUGGCCGUCUCGUCCACCGAAAGCUUCUCUAUGAAUGUGUCAGACUUCCGUGGCAAUGCCCAGUUAAAGAUGUCGGUGGGGGGGCCGUUUCUGAGUGGGGCAGAUGACACCCCUGCCUCGGAGUACAUCUUCAUCCAGGUCGAGCAGAUCGAGGAGGGUGGGCGGGGCAGGAGGCGUGGCCAACAGGUCCUAUAUAAUUGGAGCAUCCCCCUGCACUCUCAGCGGAGUGAUCAGAUCGUUAGGACCAGGACGUUUGAGAUGCUGAGCAGCUCUCCGGUCCAAAUCAGUGUGCAGGCGUUCCUGCUGGACAGUCAGGUGGUUCCUCUGUCCAUAACUACCAAGUCUCUUUAUGCCAGCGUGGAGACCCAGGUGCUCAUCGCCGGCAUCAUCCUGGCCGGGGUCUACGUGCUCAUCAUCUUUGAGAUAGUCCACCGAACUCUGGCGGCCAUGCUGGGCUCCCUGGCUGCGCUGGCUGCCCUGGCCUUCAUCGGAGAUAGGCCCAGUUUGAUGACCGUGGUGGAGUGGAUCGACUACGAGACCCUUGCUUUGCUCUUUGGGAUGAUGAUCCUGGUGGCUAUAUUCUCAGAGACGGGCUUCUUUGACUACUGUGCCGUGAAGGCGUACCAGCUGUCUCGAGGGCGCGUGUGGCCCAUGAUCAUCAUCCUGUGCCUCAUCGCUGCCAUCCUCUCCGCCUUCCUGGACAACGUCACUACCAUGAUGCUCUUCACUCCCGUCACCAUCAGGUUGUGUGAGGUGCUGAACCUGGACCCCAGGCAUGUGCUAAUUGCUGAGGUCAUCUUCACCAACAUCGGAGGAGCGGCCACCGCCGUGGGAGACCCGCCCAACGUCAUCAUCGUCUCUAACCAGGAGCUGCGUGAAAAGGGUAUUGAUUUUGCUGGCUUCACCGGCUACAUGUUCCUGGGCAUCUGCCUGGUGCUGUUGACGUCUUUCCCCUUCCUGCGGAUGCUGUACUGGAACAAAAAGCUCUACAACAAGGAACCCAGUGAGAUUGUCGAGCUGAAGCAUGAGAUCCUGGUGUGGAAGCAGACGGCCCAGCGCAUCAACCCGGCCAGCCGCGAGGAGACGGCCGUCAAGCGGCUGCUCACGCAGAAGGUGCUCAACCUGGAGAGUCUGCUCCGCCGCCAGCUGCGCUCUUAUCAGUGGCAAAUUUCACAGGAGGACAAAAAUUGGGAAAACAACACGCACGAGCUCCAGAAAAAGCACAAAAUAACGGACAAGAUCCUUCUGGUCAAGUGUAUUUCUGUCCUUGGAGUUGUCAUCAUCACAUUCUUCCUCAACUCAUUUGUACCCGGCCUUCACCUUGAUCUGGGCUGGAUCGCUAUCCUGGGGGCCCUGUGGCUGCUGGUGCUGGCCGACAUCCAGGACUUUGAGAUGAUCCUGCACCGCGUGGAGUGGGCCACCUUGCUCUUCUUCGCGGCUCUCUUUGUUCUCAUGGAGGCCCUGGCUCAGCUGCAGCUGAUUGACUACAUCGGAGAGCAGACCGCCACCCUCAUCAAAGCGGUACCAGAAGAGGAGCGUUUGGCCAUUGCCAUUAUCCUGGUGAUGUGGGUCUCUGCACUGGCCUCCUCGCUCAUAGACAACAUCCCCUUCACCGCCACCAUGAUUCCCGUCCUCAUUAACCUGAGCCAAGACGACGACGUCAACCUCCCAGUGAAACCUCUCAUCUUCGCGCUGGCGAUGGGGGCCUGUCUAGGAGGGAACGGAACAUUGAUUGGGGCGUCUGCCAAUGUGGUGUGUGCUGGCAUCGCCGAACAGCAUGGCUACGGCUUCUCUUUCAUGGAGUUCUUCAGGCUGGGCUUCCCUAUGAUGCUGAUGACGUGUAUGAUCGGCAUGUGCUACCUGCUGGCCACUCACAUCGGGCUGGGCUGGAACCUCUAAAACACCCUUGCACACCUGGGGG